GACUGUUGCUAAAGGGAGGAGAAAAUCUCACGACGGAGGCUUUUUAUCUCGUUCAUUCCCAGCUUGGACCUUCGGCGGACUUAAACGAGACAACGGCUGACAAAUCGACCUGCACCCUAUAACAGAAUUUAAUCGUCCACACCCCAGCCGUCAGAGAAGUCGCACUGUGGCUCAGCUGAAUGAUGGUGAAGCCAGACAUUCACACUCUGGCCCACCACCUAAAGCAGGAGCGGCUGUAUGUGGCAUCUGAGAAGCAGCUCAUCCAGAGACUUAACAAUGAGGUUCUGAAGACAGCCGAAAAGCUGUACCGGGCGGCCUGGAUCGCCAAACAGCAGAGAAUCAACCUCGACCGCCUCAUUCUCACCAGUGCUGAGGCGUCCCCAGCUGAAUGCUGCCAACAUGCCAAGUUUCUGGAGGACACACAGUUUGUGGAUGGUUAUAAGACGCUGGGCUUUCAGGAGAGCAUCUACGGGGAGUUCCUGUGCCGCCUGAGGGAGAACCCGCGGCUGGUGGCAUCAUGUUUGGUAGCAGGAGAGAGACUGAACCAUGAGCACACACAGGGAGUCAUACACACGGUCUUCACCUCACUCUACGGCAACUGUAUCAUGCAAGAAGAUGAAAGCUACCUGUUGCAGGUGCUUCGCUAUCUUGUGGAAUUCGAGCUGAAGGAGAGCGACAACCCCCGUCGCCUGUUGCGACGAGGAACGUGCGCCUUCAGCAUCCUCUUCAAGCUCUUCUCCGAGGGUUUGUAUUCGGCCAAGCUGUUUCUCACCGCCACCCUCCACGAACCCAUAAUGCAGCUGCUGGUGGAGGACGAGGACCAUCUGGAGACAGAUCCGGCUAAACUGAUAGAGCGCUUCACUCCGGCACAGCAGGAGCGGCUGUUUGGAGAGAAGGGCACGGACGAGUAUCGUAGGAAGGUCCAGGCAGCGGUGGAGGAAAACGAGGCAAAGCUGGUGAAGCUGGUCAACUCCUUCAUCGGGUACCUGAAGCAGAACACAUACUGCUUCCCGCAGAGCCUGCGCUGGAUCGUUUCUCAGAUGUUUAAGACGCUGGCGCGGGUGGAGAGGUUAGAAGUCGGGGAGGUGAGGACGAUGUGCACCGACUUGCUGCUCACUUGUUUCAUCUGCCCAGCUGUCGUCAACCCAGAGCAAUAUGGCAUCAUAUCCGACGCACCAAUCAAUGAGGUGGCACGAUUCAACCUCAUGCAGGUCGGGCAGUUGUUGCAGCAGUUAGCCAUGUCUGAUGCAGACGAUGGAGAUCCUCGACGUAAAAGCAGUUUAUCAAAGUUUGAUAAGACAUGCGUUGCUGCUUUUCUGGAUGUCGUGAUUGGGGGUCGAGCUGUCGAGACUCCUCCCAUGUCCUCGAUGAAUUUAUUGGAGGGCCUGACACGUACUGUGGUUUACUUGACACAUAAUCAGCUUUUGGCAUUGGUGGACUUUGUGCGUGCGGUCACUGCAGGAGAUCAGCUUAGAGAGGAGGAUCAUCUGGCUCUGGAGACCCUGGUAGUUAGCGUACCUCAGUCCCGCACGAUAAAGAGCAACAGCCUGGAGCUCACGCCCUCGAACACACCCCAGCUCUCACCCGCAACCACACCCGCCAACAAAAAGAACAGGCUUCCCAUUGGACAACAGCUGGCUGCCAUAACGUGUUGGGAGCCCUCAGCCACGGGCCUGUCCGCUCAUUUACCUUUAGUAACCCCGUUUGGCUCUCGCAGCCGAAGUCGAUCCAACAUGGCCCAGGAGAGCGAGAUUGAGGCCAGCUCCCAAGAGUCUCUGCAGGAGGUCACGCCUGAGGAAGUCCUAGUCAUCUCACUUGGGACCUCCCUGCAGACCAUCCCCGGGAUGAUGUCAGAGAACGAGGUUUUGACUCUGCAUCUUGGAGACGGAGGUCAAGGAGAUGCCCCCGUCGAUGACACCAAACUGCAUGGGAAACCUGACAAAACGCUACGCUUCUCACUCUGCAGUGACAACCUGGAGGGCAUUUCUGAAGGCCCAUCUAAUCGCUCCAAUUCAGUUUCAUCGUUGGACCUGGAGGUAGAGUCUGUGUCUGAAGGAGGACCAGGGCCAUCUGGCAGUAACGGUGCAGAGGCCUUACAGCUAUUAGAACAUGAACAGGCUACCACUCAGGACAAUUUGGACGAUAAACUGAGAAAGUUUGAGAUUCGGGACAUGAUGGGCCUGACGGAUGACCGGGACAUUUCUGAGACGGUCAGUGAGACCUGGAGCACUGACGUGCUGGGUAGUGACUUUGACCCUAACAUGGAUGAGGACCGAUUGCAGGAGAUGGCAGGGGCCGCGGCGGAGCACGUGUUGGGAAGCAUGCUUUGCUUGCCGGUUCUACUAGACCCGUACGGUUCCACCAUCUCGGAAACGACGAGCGAGGCUUGGAGCGUGGAGGUCCUGCCGAGUGACUCCGAAGCUGCAGAUCUGAAGCAGGAGGAGCGCCUGCAGGAGUUGGAGAGCUGCUCGGGUGUUGGGAGCACUUCAGACGACACAGAGGUCAGAGAGGUCAGCUCCCGACCCAGCACCCCGGGGCUCAGUGUGGUUUCAGGCAUCAGUGCCACGUCGGAGGACAUUCCCAAUAAGAUUGAAGAUCUGCGCUCGGAGUGCAGCUCAGACUUCGGAGGCAAAGAUUCCGUGACCAGUCCAGAUGGAGAAGACUCUGCUCAGGGAGCUCACAGUCUGUCCUGCGCAGCCUCUCAAGCAGAUUCACUGCUGGCUAUGUUUGAUCCCCUCUCCUCUGGAGAAGGAUCUUCCACCGGAACCAUUGUGCGGCCCAAGGUACACUACGCCCGCCCCCCGCACCCUCCCCCUGACCCGCCCAUUCCAGAGGCCAGCAUCACCAGCAACCAGGAGCCCCGUCCGCCUCUGUUUGCCCCCCACCUGGCGCAGGGUGAUCUGGAGCACCCCAAGCAGAGGCACUCGUACCCCGAACGGCUGGUGAGGAGCCGCAGCACAGAUGUAGUGUCCGCUGGCCGCAGACCCAACAGCGACCCCGGACUGAACCGCAGGACCAUGAUGGAGGAAAAAGACCCCGCUGGGGCAUUCUCCACAGGACCCACUUCCUCUCCGAGCAAAGACUCUCUUAAAGGAGAGCCCGAGGACAGGAAGGACAGCGAUGAUGAGAAGUCUGACAGGAACAGACCCUGGUGGAAGAAACGUUUCGUUCCUGCAAUUCCUAAAGUGCCAAUAAGUGGACUCCGAAAGCGGGACAAGCCGGAAAAGGACGAAACUGGAGCAGAGAGGAUCCCACAAGGAUUGUCAGAUGAGCCCUCGAUGCUCAGGCAGAGCUCCAAGACCCAGUCAGCAGAGGCGAUAAUGGACAAGUACAUCAAGUACAUGGAGAAACGGCCCGCCCACAGUGAUGGAGCUGUUGCAGGUCCUUAUGGUGGACAAGAGUCUUCUAGAGAGGGAGACAGCGAACAUGACUCGCCAAAAGACGAAGCUCUGCAGAACAUCUCUGCAGAUGAUCUACCAGACUCUGCCAGUCAGACGGCGCCACCUCAUGAUAAGACUUUCUCAUUCAGUGAUAUUAAGAAGAAGCUCCGGAUGGCCCUGUGCGCAGCAGAUUCGGUUGUUUUUCCCAUCAUUCCCCAUGCAACGACGCGCAACGGCCUCCCGGACCACACUGAUCCUGAAGACAACGAGAUCGUGUGCUUUCUGAAGGUGCAGCUGGCGGAGGCCAUUAACCUGCAGGAUAAGAACCAGAUGGCUCAGAUCCAGGAGACUACGCGCUGCGUCAGCCACCUCGACCCCCGCACCUGCAGAAAACUGCUCACUGCCAUGGCAGAGGACUACAGGAAGCGGGCCCCGUACAUCGCCUAUCUUACGCGGUGCCGACAGGGACUGCAGACGUCUCAGGCUCAUCUGGAGAGGCUCCUGCAGAGGGUACUGAGAGAUAAAGAAGUGGCCAACCGUUACUUCACCACCGUCUGCGUCCGACUGCUGCUGGAACACAUGGAGUCAAAGAUGCUCGACUUCUUUAAAGCGUUUCAGGGCUGUACAGCCUCUGACGAUAAGACUGCAUCGGUGGAGGAUUUCCUGCGGUACCUGUACGGAGCCAUGGCCCACGAUGCCAUCUGGCAGUACGCCAGCGAAGAGCAGCUCCAGGACGCCCAGAUGGCCAUCGAACGCAGCGUCAUGAACCGCAUCUUCAAACUGGCUUUCUCCCCCAAUCAAGACGGGGACAUAAUGCGAGACGAGCUUUUUCACGAGCACAUUCAACGUCUGACUAAAGUAGUGACAGCCAAUCACAAGGCCCUGCAGAUCCCAGAGGUUUAUCUAAAGGAAGCACCAUGGCCCUCAGCGCAGGCUGAGAUCAGGACCAUCAACGCUUACAAGACCCCUCGAGAUAAAGUGCAGUGCAUCCUGCGCAUGUGCUCCACCAUUAUGAACCUGCUCAGUCUGGCCAAUGAGGACGCUGUACCUGGAGCCGAUGACUUCGUCCCUGUGCUCGUCUUUGUGCUAAUUAAAGCGAACCCACCCUGCCUUCUGUCCACCAUUCAGUACAUCAAUAAUUUCUACGCCAGCAGGCUGAGCGGGGAGGAGUGCUAUUGGUGGAUGCAGUUCACUGCCGCCGUGGAAUUCAUUAAAACCAUCGACGAUCGCAAGUGAAGCAGAACAAGCCACCUGUAUGGGCAGACUGUAGGAAAGAGAGAGAGGACGCCCACUCCUACCCUUCAAGACCGCACAGUGAGGCAUCGCCUCAGUCUGUAUAGCUGUACAUAGAGACAGAAACAUUUAAAGUUGAAAACGAUCAAACGUUAGAUGCGAUCAUGCCAGGUUUUACUGUGGUGGGGGUAUUUAACAAAUGAAAAAAAAAACUUAAUGAAAAUGGCUGGUCUACUGAUUUUGUCAAUAACCCACAUCUCUUUUUCUGUGUAGUACUGGGGAGGUGCUGGGGCGUAGAAUACAAUUUUAUAUAAAAGAUUUAGCGAAUAACUAGCUCUGUUAUGAGAUACCUAUGAAAUAAUAAAGGGACCAGGAACUACCUGCAAUGAUAACGUAUGUGUCGGGACGCUCCAGAGGCGAAUCCGUGAUUUUUGCCUCCUCGUGCAAUCGUAGCCCAUUGAAAUCUUACCGUCAAGAGUCACAUCAAUGAGCGCAUCACCAUACGUAGAUUCAGCCAGUGUAUCUUACAGUUUAUCAAACCAAUCACACCAUUGUUUUAACAGGGCAGCUUGUUCUAUGAAUGUAAACAGGUGUUGUCAUUGUUGUACAUUCAUUCUUUACUACGUCUCCCAGACAAUUUGGAAUUAAGGGCCCACAUAUUUAUAUAAAAUAAAAUGUAUUUAUUACUUUA